GGUUUGCAAGACCACGCUGUUGCCUGAUAUACCAGGCGGAGACACCCGUGCGACUCAGGUCCAGCUUAUGUCAUGACGAGGCAUGACCGACUCGAGCUAUUAUUUGCUGGCGCCCAGUCUGGAACUUACAGGAGAGCUUCCUUGGAGAGUUUGAGAGGUUCAAGGUCAGCCAACAAUUCAAUUGUCAGGAAUCUGAAUUGCAUUUGAAAAAGCCUUCUUUGCGGCUCGAUACUGCGCCGUCUUGGAAUUUUAUUCAACCGAAAUCUGCGCCAGUGCUGCGGCCGCAAUUCUACCAGACGCGACCGUAACAGCCGGCUCACCUGUUCUCUUGGAUCUCAUCAAGAGCGCGUUCCGGGUCGCGACGCCCUACUACAACCUGCGUUUUGGUCGCUCUCAACGUCGCCCUUCUAUGCCGAGAUAAUGGCCGACAGCUACGACAGACGUCCUCGUGGCGGCGGCGGCCGUGGCGGAUUCAACGCAAAGAGGCGUAGAUACAAUGAUGACGAUGAUCUCGACCGACGCGGCCCGCCCCGCCGACGACACGAUGCACAGCCCUUCCCGCGGAUCCGGCGGCAGCUUCUCGGCCUGGCCGAGUCUGCCGUGCGCAAGUGGCACCAGGACGCGGUCGAGACGGCCCAGAUCGUGGCGGACCACUGGGAAGACGACUACGUUAACCGCGGGUUCGUCGACCUGACUUGUCAGCUCGCCGUCGAGCAGCCGUUCAAGACGCCCUUUGUCGCCGCCGUCGUGCUCGUCGCCAAUACGAUGCGCAGCGAGAUCGCCGCUGCCGUUCUCGCCAAGGCCGCCCGCGAUCUCGAGGAUGCGGUCGGCCGCGGCGAGUGGCGCGAGGCCAAGCUGCUGCUCAAGUUCCUCGCCUGCCUGCAGAGCUGCCUCGAGGGCGAGGGCGUCUUCCCCAUUCUGGACGCCCUGUUCGACCGCGCUGUCGACCUGCAGACGGCCAGCUCCGAUGAUACCAUCGGCACCGAGCUCGUCAAGAUCAUCCUGCUCACGAUUCCGUACGUCAUGGCUGCCGCCCCCGGACAGUGGGCUGAGAAGGCGGCGGAGCUUAUGGACAAGACCGAGAUCAUCGCUUCGGAGCCGCACCCGAUGCAGAAACUGGUCGACCCUUACGUAUUCGAUCCCAAUGACGAGAAUUCUAGCCAGCCAAGCCUGAUCGCUCUGCUCCAGAAGCAGCUUCAGGCCGAGGCCGCUGGAGGCUGGAUCGUGGACUGUAUUCCUCGGCCGUGGAAGAUGCCUCUCGAGGAGGUGGAGCACCAGUCCAAGCUGGAUGACUGCCCGAAGCACGCCCUGCCUGCUGUCAUGGUUCCCGAGAACAUUGUGACCGGCAGCCGGGAUCUGUUCCCCGAGGUUUACUUCUCGGUCUACUCGGGCCAGGAUAUCGAUUCUGUGCCCCAGGUCACCAACAUCGCGGCGUCGCUCAUACGAGACGCCAUCCUGGACACCAUCAAUAUUCUUCACUACAACAGGAAUUUCGUGGCCCGCACGCUCAUCGACGUCGACUGCUUCUUCAACAACGGCACGUUCGUCAAGCGCGCCACUCCGUUUGAUCGGCUGCGCGAUAUCGAGCAAGGCCGGUCGACGUGGAAGCCCGAGGACAUGGUGGUGGACACGGUCUUCUCGCAGCUCUUCCAGCUGCCGGCGCCGGAGCAUAAACUGGUGUACUACCACUCGGUGCUGUACGAGACGUGCAAGGUAUCGCCGGCGGCCAUCGCGCCCAGUCUGGGCAGGGCCAUCAGGUCGCUGUACCGCAAUGGCGGUCGCCUCGAUCUGGAGCUGAACCACCGCUUCGUCGACUGGUUCUCUCAUCACUUGAGCAACUUUGGCUUCACCUGGAAGUGGACCGAGUGGGUCGACGACGUGAAGCUGCCGAUGCUACACCCGCACAAGGCCUUCAUCCUGGCGGCGCUGGACAAGGAGAUACGGCUGAGUUUUGCCCAGCGCAUCAAGAACACGGUUCCGGACGAGUAUAAGCCUCUGAUCAGUGCCGAGAAGGAGAUGGAUGUGCCCGUUUUCAAGUUCGCCAAGGAUGACGUGCCCUUUGCCCGCCAGGGACGCGAGAUGGUUAAACUCCUCAAGAGCAAGGUGCCGGACGAGGAGAUUCAGCCCUUGAUCGAGCAGAUCCAGAACGAGGCGGUGGACCAGGGGCGCGAUCCGCUUGUGAGCAGCACCGAUGUCUUCAUGACGGCGGUGCUGGCAGUGGGAUCCAAAUCGCUCAGCCACGUUCUGGCUUGCAUCGAGCGGGUCAAGGACCGGCUCCUGGACAGUGGUUCGGCCUCGGCGGCGGCACGGACGCAGAUCAUGGCGGCCGUCAUGUCGUACUGGUCAGCGCACCCGGGCGUGGCGCUCUCCAUUGUGGAGAAGCUGCUGAACUACGCCAUCCUGACGCCGCAGGUUGUGGCCGAAUGGGCCGUGAGCGGCGAGGCGUCGGACGAGGCGCGUCUGGCGCACGCCUAUCUCUACGAGCUGGUGCUGAACACGGUCAUCAAGGUCUCGGGCCGGGCGCGCCAGAUAGUGGCGCAGCAGGAGGCGGCCAAGCCGGCGGCCGACGGCGACCUCGCCAUGACGGAUGCCAGCAACGGCGACGGCCCGGACCACGUUCCCUACGCGGACACGCCCGAGGCCAAGGACCUGCGGGAGCUGUUCCAGCUGAUCGAGAGCGCGGUCAAGGCGAGGUCGGCAUCGUCGGUCCUGGCGGCGGCGGGCGACCCGCUGGCGCGCCAGUGGGUCGACCGGUGGCUGCGCGCGUUCCAGCGCCGCGCCGCCGUCGAGGAGAACUUUUUCGUCGAGGCCGAGAAGAACCGCAAGAGGAUCGCCGCUGCUGCCGCCGAGGCUGCGGCUCACGCGGCGGCGGCGGCCGAGGCUGCGGCUGCUGCUGCGGCUGCUGCUCCGACGGAGGAGGUCCCCGCUGCCGCUGCCGAGGCGAACUAGGAGUUGCCGCCUGGCGAUGAGGACCUGAUGUCGUUUGAACCCCGGAAUGUUGCCGAGGGAUCUGCAAUGGCCACUUCGCCGGCCAAGGGCCAGGGCAAAGACGAUGCGCAGAAGGCGGAGCCCAAGGACGCUCCACUGGAUCUUCUGGCUGGAGAUGUCGAGCUCAACCUCCAGGAAGCUCUCGCUCCGAACCCCAACGAGGCGGAUCUGAUUACAUUUUAGGGAUCCUGGUUGUUUCUUGCGCACCGCGCACCUUUUCUCCGGGCGAUGGGCCACCUAGGCACAGCUUCAAAUGCUGGUUCGUCCCCGCCUCUGCCCAGCUAUACCCUACUCUUUUCUUUCUGUAUUAUACGUGGUGGCAGUGUUUCGAUAAUUGGGCAAGGAAAGCGGGCGAAACAGAGAAGCAGGGAGAUGGGAGGCGUGGAUGCUAUUCUACACACAACAUCUGAGACUCGAAACCAAGAAAAAUGGACAGGCGAUAUGAGCUAGAAUGGCGACAAAAUAGUCAAAGGGGCUUUAUACCAGCACUACAUAGGUACUUAGCUAACGAGUGGUUUCUAUGGCGUAGCUUGCAAUGAUGAAGAAGCAGAGGCUUCAUACAAGGCAGGUCCGUUGCGUCACCACUUGCCACGCGACGCAGUGUGGCUUUUCGGGCAUGG